AUGGAUGAACUUAUCUGCCUUGGUUGUGGGAAGGCCUUCAACAGCCAGAGGCGCUUGAGCGCACACGAGGCUUUGUGCAAUACUCACCAUGAAUUUAGUGCACAGGUCAGCAAAUCUCACCGGCGCGCUGAGAAGAGCCGAAGGAACAAGAAGAGGAAAAUCAACCAACGGGACCACCGAGAUGUCCUAGAUGAAGCUGACGAAGAAGCCGAUCCCCUUGAAGAUGUGGGAGACAUGGACGCUGGAAACUGGGAUAUUCAGGAUGCUGAUAUUCCUGGAGGUUCAGAAGGAUCCCGCCCGCAUUCCCCGCCAAUACCCGAGCCUAAUGCGCCUCCCCUGCGUUCUAACCGUUCUGGACGCGUUAUUCGCAUGCCCAGAUGA